GGCGGAGCGGGGCAGUCUGGUCUCCGCAGCAGAGGACAGCGGCGGCGGGAGACGUGGGCUUGAUUCUCGGCGGCGUGGCCCGGGGAGAUCGGUGCAAAGCUGGGUCCUUACUGCCAUCAUCAUGGAGUUCUUUCUGGGCAACCCUUUCAGCACUCCGGUGGGCCAGCUCAUCGAGAAGGCCACCAGCUCCAGCCUGCCCUCAGAAGACUGGGCCCUGAACAUGGAGAUCUGUGAUGUAGUGAACACUGCAGAGGAAGGGCCAAGAGAUGCUGUCCGAGCCGUAAAGAAGAGAAUUGUGGGAAAUAAAAACUUUAAGGAGGUUAUGAUGACACUUACUGUUUUAGAAACGUGUGUAAAAAACUGUGGCUACAGGUUUCACAUCCUGGUCACCACAAGGGAUUUUAUAGAGGGUGUUCUGGUCCGGUCAAUAAUCCCUAGAAAUAACCCGCCUGCAGUGCUUCAUGAUAGAGUUCUCGGCAUUAUUCAGGCGUGGGCUGAUGCAUUCCGCAGCUCGCCCGACUUGACAGGUGUGGUCUCUGUGUAUGAAGACCUGCGUAGAAAAGGACUCGAGUUUCCGUCAGUGGAGCUGGAAGGAUACAGCUCACGCCAAAAUCACAAGGAGACCUCUCCGGGGAAUGGGCCUACUGUCACUACUCUGCAUGCUGGUCUUAUAUCCACCAAACUCCCACUGCAGCAACCACAGAGCAUUCAGCUCAAACACGCCAAAGAGGAAAAUAAUGCCUACACACCCAGCCAGGUGCAGCAGCUGAAGACUGAGCUGGCAGUGGUAAGGAGUAACCUGACCACCAUGUCUGAGAUGAUGAGUCAGUUAGAUCCUGUCACAGUGAAACAGGCCGACAUGGAGCUACUGGAGCAGCUGUACAGUGUUUGUAAGGAGAUGCAGGAGAGGAUCGUGAAGGUGGUGCCCCGUUUGAGUGAGGAGAAGCUGAUUGAAGAGCUGUUAGCGACCAACGAUGAGAUGAAUACUGCCUUUAGCCGAUACCACAGGUUUGAAAGGAGAAUAACAAAUGGACAACAUGAAACACAAAAGGUAAAAAUACAUUCCCAUUUUGUGAGCUAUUGUGAGACUGUGCCCACUUGUGUGAGCACAUAUGUCAACCUUGCAGACCUCAACCUCACGCCUGAGUCAGGUAUCCAAUCAGGAGCAGCGUCUGCAGAGAGUGACAGCUCCCACAGCCAAUCACAGUCCGGCAGUCUGUGUGGGCAGAUGGCUAGACUCAGCACAAGUGAAGCAGAAGACCUAAAUGCACUUUUGCACAGAACAAGUGAGCAGAGUGAAGUUGCAGUUGAUGCCUUGACUCAUGCCAGUCGACUACAUCCAAGUGGAGCUAUUCCCCUAAGCCAAGCAAAUGUUAUGGAUGAUAUUGAGAAAUGGCUUUCACUGGAAGAUGAGUAUGACGACUAUGAAGAUUCAGAUGGUGUUACCAGUGAAGAGUUUGACAAGUUUUUAGCAGAAAGAGCCAAAGUGGCAGAUCGCCUCCCGUCCAUUCGAUCUUCCUCACAGGACCAGAGCACAUCAGAGUCCUGAUUUCUGCUUCUUGCUAAAUAUUAACAGUACUUAUGAAGCUCCUACACUAUCCGCUGGUUUCAAGGCACAUAUAACAUGGGCAGAGCUGCCCAUGAAAGACUAAAGGGGAACACUACUUAAAGGAAAGGGUUUUGUAUCUGAUCAAAUGUGACUCAAAUGUGGAAGCUAUGUGUAAUGCAAACUUUGCACAUUUUAUAUUGUACAUUCCUGCUGGUGAUGAACAUAGGAUAUUGUUACAAGUUUUAAAAAUUAUGUCUUAUGUUGUGAAAUAUAUAUUGUCAAGAUAUGAACUGAAGAAAAGGACCUUGUCAAAGUAGCAUCACUGUCAAGAGAAGGCGCUUGAACAAAAGUAUUUUGAUACUGGCUUGUGCAUCGUAAUGGUUCUAAUGGGAUUAUGCUUUUUUUCCUGUAAAAAGGAGGUAUGAUCAAAACUGUAAUAUUAAACUUAAGUGAUUAACUGGA